AUGGCUAUCACAUUAGAGACUCCGCUACCUUUGAGCUCGACACAGCUCAAAGUCCCAUCCCAGGCACCUCGUCAAUUCAAGGCUGAGCGCCUGGUUCGAGCAUAUCAGGAGCUUGGACACAAGAAAGCUAAAGCCAACCCUCUUGACCUACCAAGCAAGCGAGAUUUGCCUCCCGAUGAGCUGAGACCCGAGGUCUAUGGUUUGACAGAUGCCGACCUGGAUACAGAGAUCACCCUUGGUCCAGAGCUUCUUCCGCACUUCGUCUCAGACAAUGUAUCUACAAUGACUCUCCGUGAAAUAAUCACGGCCUGCGAGAGACUUUACUGCGGAUCAAUCGGUGCAGAAUACCUUCAUGUGGCUACCCAAGAGAAGAAACGAAUUCUUGACCGACUCAUGUGGACCACGACUUUUGAGAGGUUCAUGUCGGCCAAAUUUCCUAAUGCUAAACGGUUCAGCAUCGAGGGAGUUGAGAGUCAAGUCCCAGCGUUGAAAGCCAUCAUCGAUGCCAGUGCUGAGAAUGGUGUCCGAGAAAUCAUCUUUCCUUGCUGCCAUCGCGGAAAGUUGAAUGUACUCAGCAACGUCGCUCGGAAACCAAACCAAUUGAUCUUCAGCGAGUUUUCGGCAGACUCAAAAUCUCGCCACCAGAUCUCUGGUGAUGUCAAGGACCACCUAGGAAUGAACUACGAACGUAAAACACCAACUGGCAAGAAAAUUCACGUUUCUAUUCUGCCCAAUCCAUCUCAUCUGGAGUCUCAGAACACACUCGGACAAGGUAUGGCUCGGGCUGUGCAGCACCAAAACGGGGGUGACCGAAAAUCUACCAUGGUCCUCAACAGUCAUACAGACGCCUCAUUCUCGGGGCAAGGUGUGAUAUAUGAGACAUUGGGCCUUUCGGGGCUGAAGUCGUAUGAGACAGGUGGAACGGUACAUUUGAUCAUCAAUAACCAGGUCGGAUUUACCACCAAUCCAGAAUCGGCUCGAGCAUCCCUGUAUGCCACGGACAUCGCGAAGACCAUCAAUGCCCCGAUUUUUCAUGUCAAUGCCGACGAUGUUGAAGCAGUGGUCACGGUCAACGAAAUGGACCAGCCUUUCUUCACUCAACCGAAAUUGUAUGAGCAGAUCGAGAAAAAAGUUCCUCAUUUGGAGCUUUAUGUCAACAAAUUGCUUCAGGAAGGGGUUGUGACUCGUGAAGAGGUCAACGAAGUGGAGGUGAGGGUGUGGGGAGAGAUGACCAAGAGCUUGGAAAACAGCAAAAACCCACAGGCACUGGACCGCGAAUACCUGACCGCACAAUGGAAUGAUAUGAAAACACCAGCUGAGCUGGCCCAAGAUCUUCUUCCUGCAAAGCCCACAGCAAUCACUCAGGACGUUGUCAAUGCAGUGGCCGGGAAACUGGGAGUUCCUGGGGAGCCUUUCCAGGAUGUGGCACGCGGGACUUUCUCCCAGCGCCAUGCCAACCUUCAUGAUCAACGCACCCGCUCUACUUACAUGCCAUUGAAUGACCUAAGUCCCGAACAGGCUGAGUUCACAAUUGGUAAUUCUUCAUUGAGUGAAUAUGGUGUCGUGGGAACUGACUACGGUUAUUCUUGCAUGUACCCAAACCCCUUGGUGGUGUGGGAGGCCCAAUUUGGAGACUUUGCCAACAAUGCCCAGUGUAUCAUUGACCAGUUCAUCUCAUCUGCUGAAAACAAGUGGCUAAUGCGAUCUGGCAUCGUGUUAUCACUGCCUCAUGGAUUUGAUGGACAAGGACCUGAGCAUUCUUCUGCUCGGAUGGAGCGCUUCUUGACCAACAAAAACUAUCUUCCGUUAGAAUCGAUUUCUUACCUCCUACAAAUCUGUGAUCAGACUGGAACUGAGAAAACUCUGUCCAACCCUUGGACGGGCAUAUCGACCCUUCUUUUUGUCUAUCUCGCCCAAGCAGGUGCACUUGGAAGACAGCGGUCGAUUAUCAGAAAAUUGACGGUGCCAACUUCCACCACGGUAAUUCAUGAAAAUUUUCUGGAAGAGCUUCUCGUGCAGGCGCGUGGCGUUGAGGAUGUCCUUCUCGAUUAUAAGAUCCCUUUAGCGGAUAGGGUCGAAGAAACGGGGGAUGGACUUACCCCCGUGAGCCAUUUGCAAAAGAUGGCGCAAGUAUACAGGCUGACGGCUCUACUUGAACUAUACCGGGUGUUCCCAGAGCUUUUUCAUGAGAAAUCUUCCGGGGAGGUCAGUAUCUCUGAUUUCAAAUCUUUCAAAUCGAGAAUCCUCGCUAUUGCAAUUGGCAUUCUCACUAUCAUAUCAACCAUUCCAGCGAGCUCGGGAGUAAACGUUUUAUUCUGUCUUCCUAUGAUUGCAGCUGGCAGUGCAUUGCAACUCACAGACUCGCAACAAACAGACUUCUCGCACGGGUCAAGCAGGGGUAGUCUGUGUAAUGAUCUCAUGGCAAUCUUCAUUCAGGACGAUGGCCACGCCCACUGGCGGGAGUUCGUGCAAGAGCGAAUGAAUUCUAUCCACAAUCAUGUUGGCUUGAGUGGUGUGACUCGAGCAUCGGAGGUUAUCGAGAAGACUUGGUUAAGUGCUGAUAUCCAAGUCUUUGCGAACGAGUCAGACUCGAUAGGGGAGUUUAUCCUUUGGACUGAUGUGAUGACCGAUGGACGGUUGGAAACCAUCUUUGGGUAA